UUUCUGGUUGCCUAUCACAGACAAAAUGUGGGGGAACCCUCGACCAGCUAACAGAGUGGGUCCCUUCCGUGGGAGCCAAGAAGAAAGGUUUGCUCCCGGGUGGAACAGGGACUAUUCUCCUCCCCUUGAUAGCCUUGCUCAAGAAAGACACUCUGGCAACUUCUCUGGCAGAGAAUCACUUCCUUAUGAUAUCCAGGGACUCCCAGGCAUCCUCAAUCCUCAGUUUGCCAACAGAGAGGAACCUGCUUUCAGCUAUGGAGGUAGAGAUGGACCUCAUAGUGACUUCAGAGGUGGGGAGGGUCACUUACAUGAUUUUGGAGGCAGAGAUUAUGUAUCUUCUGACUUCCAGAACAGAGAUGAUUCACACUUGGAUUUCAGAGGUAGGGUGCCACUCCUUCCAGACUUCAGAGGCAGGGAUAUGUAUUCAGGAGAUUUCCAGGAUAGGGAAGGGCAGUCUAUGGAAUAUGGUGGAGGAGAAAUUCCUCCCAUGGAUUACAGGAAUAGGGAUGCAUUCCAUAUGAAUUAUAGGGAUAGAGAAACACACACUAUGAACUACAGGGGCAGAGAAGAUGCUCCAGAUUUUCGUGGUAGGGGACCAUUUGAUUUAGAUUUGAGAAACAGAGAUGGAUCUCACUCACACUUCAGGACAAGAGAGAUGCCUGAGCAGGAUUACAGGGGCAGAGAGCAGCCGUAUUCAGAUUUUAGGAAAAGAGAUAUGCCUGAUAUGGACUUGAGGGGUAUGGGUACAGCUGACCUAGACUUCAGAAACAGGGAUGCAUCCCAUUCAAACUUCAGAAAUAGGCCAAAAUCUCAGGCCGAUCAAGAUUUUAGGGGCAGGGAUGUGCCACCUACUCUGGAUUUCACAGACAGAGAGAUGCCUGCUGUGGACCCUGAUGGUGUAGAAUAUCAGCAGAGUCAGCCUGCAGUAUCAGUAACAGAUAGAGAAGGCAAGGUUGAAGAGGCUGUACACAUUAUUAGGGAAAGGUCUUCCUUUGCUCCAAAAGAGAAGUUUUCACAUUCAGAGCCAAGAACCGGAGAAGAAGAAUCACAAGAACAGAAUCCUGAGGCUGAGUCUUCACAAGAGUUCCAAAGUAGCUGUGGUCCUCUUCCUGUUCUUCAGGACCAAGAUAACGCACCUCAGGCCUUUGCUAGCAAUCAGGAGUUUUCUGUGGGUGAACAGCAAACACCCGAAACUUCUGGUCUUGUACCAAAGGAAAAAGGUGACUUGGAUUUCCUUGGAAGACAGGAUACAGACUACAGGGGCAUUGAGUAUCGAGAUGUUGAUCAUCGGCUGCCAGGAAGUCAACUCUUUGACUAUGAACAUGGCAAGGCUUUUGGAGAAGGAAAAUCUAGCAAAGAUUCUCAGCCAGAUCUUCAGGACCAGGAUUACAGGCCCUGUGCCAAAGACGUGAAACCAAGCAAGCUGAUUCGACUAGGAGGAGUUCCUGAAAAUGCCACAAAAGAUGUUAUCCUCAGUGCUUUCCAAUUAAGUGAUGGGACACCAGUGAAGAACCUGCGCUUAAAAGAUUAUACUUCAGGUUACGACUAUGGCUAUAUCUGCGUGGAGUUUUCCCUCUUGGAAGAGGCCAUCGCCUGCAUGGAAGCCAACCAGGGAAAACUUGUGAUAGGUGGUAAACCAGUGACUCUGGAAUACACUCCAUCCCUUGAAUUCUGGCGCUGCAAACGAUGCAAAGUGUCCACAAUAGGAUAUCGUUCAUCCUGUUAUUACUGCAGGUUCCCAAGAGAUAUGGUUGAAGAUAAGCCUGGAAAAGGGGAACAAGAGUUACCUCAGGAGCCCAUGCCAGAGGAAGAACCUCUUGAGAAUCCUGGUUCUCCAGAGGAGCCUCCUCAGAAGCCUUCUCCUGAGGAGCAGUGCCCGUCUCCGGAACCUGAGCUGAAGAAGAAGGAUGAAAGCAGAGAGCAGUGGCCUUCACAAGAGAAGAAAAAAGAGCCAGAGAAGAACCCAUUCCGGAAGGAAAACCAAGAACAUGGUUCAAGAAGAGAAACCGUGGAGACCAAACAUCAGGAGGAUGAGAGUAAAACAAUUAUGUUAAAGCGCAUACCUCGCUUCACCCCUCCAGAAGUCAUUGUGGGUCUUUUGGCACCGUAUGUUCGUCUCUCCACUUCAAGUGUGCGUGUCAUGAAGAAUAAGGCUGGUCGGAUGGGCUACACCUAUGGCUUCAUUGAACUGGACUCUCAUGCUGAGGCGCUCCGGUUAGUGAAAGUUUUACAGAACCUGGAUCCCCCAAUCAGCAUUGAUGGUCGUGCAGUGGAUGUAAACCUAGCCACAGGGAAAAGAAGAAAUGAAUAUGGUGAUCAUGGGGAUGUUCCACGCUACAGCCAGGGCAGAAGGGGCAUGAGGGACCGGAGGGGUGCUGAGUCCCAGAAACGAAGAUCGGAGUCUGCUUCUGAUGUGUCCACGUUCAUAUACGAUCCAGAUACUGGAAAUUAUUUUGACCCCAUAACUGGGGUAUACUAUGACCCUAAUACUCAGAGAGAAAUACCAAUGGGUCGAGAAGCGUCUUCACCACCACCUCCUAGUGGAAGGAGGCAUAGGAGCCAGGAGAGGACAAGUGAAAGAGAUGAGACGUCUAGCAGAGAUAGCAGAGACAGGAGAGAGAGACACAGAAACAAAUCAUCCAAGAGUGACCCCCAAGAGGAGAAACUUCCUGCAGAAGAUGUCUUUAAAAAGCCACUACCUCCGUCGCUGAAAAAAGAAGAGAGUGCACCCCCAGCAAAAGUGGUAAAUCCUCUGAUAGGGCUCUUAGGAGAGUAUGGUGGAGACAGUGACAAUGAAGAGGAGGAGGAACAGGAAGAAGACCCACAGCCACGGCCCCAACGGCCACCAGUGCAACAGGAAGAACUGCCUCGAAAGACUGAAAAUGAUGAGGACAAGCUGACUGACUGGAAUAAGUUAGCAUGUUUGCUCUGCAGGAGGCAAUUUCCAAAUAAAGAAGUACUGAUCAAGCAUCAACAACUGUCCAACCUACACAAACAAAAUCUGGAGAUCCAUCGGAAGAUAAAACGAUCAGAGCAAGAGCUGGCGUAUUUGGAGAGGCGAGAGCGUGAGGGAAAGUUUAAAGAAAAGGGAAGUGACCGAAAAGAGAAAUUUGAGGAACGGGAUUCCCCAGAGAGAAAACGGUCGAAGUACUCCAGGGAUUCUGAAAGCAACUAUAAGGCCAUGGAUAAAGGAAGGAAGGACAGCAGUAGCAAAGGAAGCCGCAUGAUGCAGGCUAUGGGCUGGAAGGAAGGCUCAGGUCUGGGGCGCAAUGAACAAGGCAUGACAUCACCAGUAGAGCCAGAAAGUCGGAAGAAGGGAGCCGGCUUAGGGAGCCAAGGAAGACCAAACAGAAGGCAAUCAAAUGAAACCUAUCGAGACGCUGUGCGGAGAGUCAUGUUUGCGCGCUACAAGGAACUUGAAUAAAUGUUGAAAGCAACCCCACAACACCCAACACAUCUUCUAGCCCUCAGUCCUUCUUUGUGUCUGUCUCUGGUUUUUUGAAUCAAUGUUUUUUG